AUGUCACCACAAAGGGCCAAAGAGGAGGAGGAGCAAGGAAGCAGAGGGUUCAAGAUGGAGGCAGCAGGCAAGAGGGAGACGAAAGCAGAAGGCGAGGGUGACUCUGGUACGUCUCAGGGUGGUGAAAAUCAAAUUCACAGAGAGGAGAAAAAGCAUGAAUGUACAGUGUGUGGAAAGAGAUUGGGUAGUCGCUCAACUCUUACUUCACAUCAAAGAGUGCACACAGGAGAGAAAGCGUAUACAUGUACAGUGUGUGGAAAGAGCUUCAGUGACAGCAGUUCCCAUAGGAGACACCGAAGAACUCAUACAGGGGAGCAACCUUAUACAUGUUCCGAAUGUGGAAAGAGCUUCAGUCAUAGUCACAGCCUUACGUCGCAUCAACGAACUCAUACAGGGGAGAAACCGUAUACAUGUUCCGAGUGUGGAAAGAGCUUCAGUGACAGUAGUUCCCAUACUAAUCACCGAAGAACUCAUACAGGGGAGAAACCGUAUACGUGUUCCGAGUGUGGAAAGAGCUUCAGUGACAGCAGUUCCCAUAGGAGACACCGAAGAACUCAUACAGGGGAGCAACCGUAUACAUGUUCAGAGUGUGGAAAGAGCUUCAGUGACAGCAGUUCCCAUAGGAGACACCAAAGAACUCAUACAGGGGAGCAACCUUAUACAUGUUCUGAAUGUGGAAAGAGCUUCAGUCAUAGUCACAGCCUUACGUCGCAUCAGCGAACUCAUACAGGUGAGAAACCGUAUACAUGUUCCGAGUGUGGAAAGAGCUUCAGUGAGAGUAGCAGCCUUAAGUCACAUCAACAAAUUCAUACACGUGAGAAACCAUAUACAUGUUCAGAGUGUGGAAAGAGCUUCAGUCAGAGUAGUGCCCUUACCUUGCAUCAAAGAACUCAUACUGGGGAGAAACGUUAUAAAUGUUUUGAAUGUAAAAAGAGCUUCAGUCACAGUUGUUCCCUUACCUUGCAUCUACGAACUCAUACAGGGGAGAAACCAUAUACCUGUUCAGUGUGUGGAAAGAGCUUCAGUCACAGUGGUACCCUUACUAAGCACCAAAGAACUCAUACAGGGGAGAAACCGUAUACAUGUUCAGAGUGUGGAAAGAGCUUUGGUACGAAUGGUAGCCUUACGUCGCAUAAAAGAUCUCACAGAGGAGAGACACUGUAUAUAUGUUCAGAGUGUGGAAAGAGCUUCACUUACAGCAAUGGCUUACUAGACAUCAGAGACUCAUCAAGGCAGCAAACCUUAUAA